UACUACGUUGCCCUAAACCCCCAAAAACCCUCCUCUCUCAUUUUUCGUGUUUGGUCUUUCAGGGCAUUGACCACAUACUACCCAACUCAAACAUGGGAAGCUACACAAACGGCGUCGUUUCAGACCAAACAAUCGGCGCCGCCAGCAAUGGCCGCGCGUCGGUGGAUAAAGGCGUCGACUUUGCCAAUUACUUCUGCACCUACGCCUUCCUCUACCACCAGAAGGAGAUGCUCUCCGAUCGUGUCCGCAUGGACGCUUACUACAACGCCGUCUUCAAGAACAAGCACCACUUCAAUGGCAAGGUUGUGUUGGAUGUGGGAACGGGGAGUGGCAUUCUCGCGAUUUGGUCUGCGCAAGCUGGUGCUAGGAAGGUGUAUGCUGUGGAAGCCACUAACAUGGCUGAACAUGCGCGCGAGCUUGUGAAAGCGAAUAAUGUGCAGGAUGUAGUUGAGGUGAUUCAGGGCUCUAUGGAGGAUGUUCAACUUCCAGAGAAAGUUGAUGUGAUAAUUUCGGAGUGGAUGGGGUAUUUCCUACUGCGUGAAUCGAUGUUUGACUCUGUGAUAUGUGCCCGUGACCGAUGGUUGAAGCCAACUGGAGUCAUGUAUCCGAGUCAUGCUCGUAUGUGGGUGGCACCUAUUAGAUCUGGGUUAGGAGAUCAAAAACAAAAUGAUUUUAAAUCAUCGAUGGAAGGCUGGUAUCAUUUCACAAAUGAAACAAAAUCUUAUUAUGGUGUUGAUAUGGGUGCUCUAACAAAACCUUUUGCUGAAGAGCAGAAGAAAUACUAUCUUCAGACAUCAUUGUGGAACAACCUUCAUCCCAACCAAGUUAUAGGGACAGGUGCUAUACUAAGAGAGAUUGACUGUUUAACUGCCUCCGUCAGUGACAUCCUCGAAGUGAGAUCGAGCUUUUCAUCGACAGUAACUCUUCCAAACACAAGGCUCUGUGGGUUCGCAGGAUGGUUUGAUGUUCAUUUUCGAGGACGUAAGGAGGUUCCAGCUCAGAAUGAAGUCGAGUUGACCACUGCUCCUAGUGUAGAUAAUGGCACGCACUGGGGCCAACAGGUUUUCCUCUUGAACCCUCCAAUCCGUGUGACUGAAGGGGAUAAUCUGAAUGGUUCCUUCUCAAUGACGCGAAACAAGGAAAAUCAUCGUUUGAUGGAGGUUGAGUUUAGCAGCGAGAUCAAACAGCAGACUGGACAGCUACUCUCACCUUUCAGAAACAGAUAUUUCAUAGAGUGACUGGAGGCAAGAUUCAUCCCCACCAGCAUAUUUCUGGAAGUCUGAAUUGUCCGAAGGAAUCAGACUUGCAAGCUAUCUGUAAAAGUUUUGUGGAGUUUUCCAGGCUUUGCAGCCAUUCUGCUAACUCAGAUCUUCGUGUGUUAAAAUUUGAUUUUUUUUUUAGACAAGUCAUGUCAGCUACCUAAGACUUGUCGAUUCAGUGUGUCCUCUUCUGUAUGCAUCUGUACACAUUGGCAUUUGCUUGCUAAAAUGAUCAAUCAGCACCACCUGUUUCA